UUAUAAUUUUAUACCUGAUUCCUGAACCUCAGAACCUGAUACGGUGAGGUGAGGUGAGCAGUUGAGACUUGAGAGAGGCGGAGAGCAGAGAAUCAGAGAGAGGCUGAGGCUUGAGCCUUGAGCUGUUGUCUGUUGAGCAGAUGAGAACAGACUGAACAGUGGAGACUGGAGACUAGAGAGAAAGAUGCAGAUUGUGGCAUACACCUGAAUGUGUUUUGAAAACUUGUAAUGUAGUGUGAGUAAAAAGUCACUGUGAUCAAAUGCUAAAAGGAAGGAAAGUUUCUGGUAGGGGAGAAGCGGUAACAGCAAAUUAUGCUUUUAGCCCGCUUGACGAUGACAUUAUUAUAAAACAUAGGCUUCUCACCCGUACCACGACCACAAGGGGUGAGCCUCCGUUGAAGAAACUUCAGAAGAAGUUCACCUCUUUUGUGGUUGAGGUUGAGAAGGAUACGGAUAAUUAUGGUGACUGUGAGAAGCUUGCAAAAGCUUUCUUACAGGAGAUGUCGACAUUUGAAAUUCCACUCCUCAAGAGCAAAGCGGUUGUUGAUGCGAACGUGAGAGAGAAGGAGAACUUUAACGAGCUGAAAGAUGACAUAAAUAGGCAGAUUGUGCAAGCGCAGGCUGACAUAGAAGAUCUUAAGAGGCUGCUUGAAGAGAGUAAGAUUGAGAGGCAGCACAAAGAGGAGUGUGAGGCAAUCAGGAAAUUGAUUGCUGCACAGCCACCAAGAUCAGAGACACAGAAGAUGAUAACGGAAUUAGAGAAAGAGAUUGCAGCGUUGGAUGCAGAGAACAUUGCUGGUUCAAGGAUGCUGGAGCUUCGCAAGAAACAGUUUGCCCUUUUGUUGCACGUGGUGGAUGAGUUGCAGAAUACCAUAGAGGAAGAGCAGAAAAGUUUGGUUGAAGAGAUGAGACUUGCAACUGAAGAGCUGAAGAAUGGAAUUGAGGAUGCUAGUGGGGGCUCAGAUGCCAUGGCUGUUGAUUAGUAACUAUUCUGAAUCUCAGUAGGCAGUUGUAAGAUUGUGUUCUUUUUUAAUGUGUUUCUAUUUAUGCAUAGAGUUUUCUUGUUGAUCAGAAUUGGAAAAUGUAAUGGAAUGUCAGAACAUAUCUGUCCUGUUGUAGCAUUAGUUAUUGAACAAAGACAUUCAUUCUUGUUUAGAAAUUAGACAAUUCUCCUAAAAAGUUUUUAUGA